AUGAAUUUACGGUUCGCAUUCCACGCAUUAUUUUCUCUCCUCCUACAUGUGUUCCCCGUAUCCGCUGUCACCGUCACCGUCGACAUCGGAACAACAUACCAGGAGAUGGACGGGUUUGGGUUCUCCCAGGCCUUCGGUCGCGCCAACGACGUCAAGAACCUUCCCGCCGCCCAACAAAGACAGACACUUGAUUUGCUGUUCAAUAUCACCAAUGGUGCAGGUAUGACAAUCCUGCGCAAUCGUAUCGGUUCGGGUGGGCUGGGCGAUAGUAUCGAGCCGAAUAGUCCUGGAUCGUCGAAUGCGACUCCGACGUAUGUCUGGGAUGGAGACGAUUCCGGGCAGGUCUGGUUCAGCCAACAAGCCAGAUCGUAUGGCGUCUCUACCUUCUAUGCAGACGCGUGGAGCGCUCCCGGCUUCAUGAAGACCAACAACAACCAGAACGAAGGUGGUUAUUUAUGUGGCGUUUCGGGAGAAUCGUGCUCGAGUGGCGACUGGAGGCAGGCGUAUGCGGAUUUUCUGGUGAAGUACGUUCAGGACUACGCCUCUGUUGGCAUCGAUGUCACACACUUGGGAUUCUUGAACGAGCCGGACUAUGUCACGAGCUACUCGUCGAUGCAGUCCAAUGGCGAGCAAGCAGCUGAUUUCAUAAAGGUUCUCUCGGCAACCGUUCGCAAUGCCAACCUCACCGAUAUCAAACUCACCUGCUGCGACGCCACAGGCUGGACCGCCCAAACCAACCUCACCGCAGGCCUCAUCACCUCCGGUGUCGAGAAUGAUCUCGGCAUCAUAACUUCGCACUCGUACUCGUCUGACCCGACCACACCGAUGAACACAAGCCUGAAAGUCUGGGAGACGGAGAAUGCUGAUCUAGAUGGGGAAUUCGUGCCGAAUGAUUGGUAUAGUAGUGGAGCGGCGGGGGAAGGGUUGACGUGGGCGAGUAAUAUUCUGGAGGCGAUUGUUAGCGGGAACGUUUCGGCGUAUCUUUACUGGGAAGGUGCCGAGGUCGGGGCGACUAAUUCGGCCCUCGUCGAUAUAUCGGGCACAACUCCACAAGCGUCCAAACGUCUCUGGGCCUUAGCUCAUUACUCGCGCUUCAUUCGUCCUGGUGCCGUACGCAUCGACGCCAACUCAGACUCCAGCACGGAUCUCAAAGUCGCAGCGUUUAGGAACAUCGACGGUACGGUCUCUACCCAAGUGAUCAAUUCCGCAGCGUCUGUGCAGGAUGUCACGCUAGCGCCUCAGGGAUUCACUGUGCGGAAUGGGACUGGAUACGUUUCGGAGCAGGGGACGGAGUUCGGGAGACUAGGUGUUGAAGUGAGUGCUGGAGAGGUGACUGGGAUUAUUCCGGGACAUUCUAUGGUCACGUUUGUCCUUGAGAUUUAG